AUGCCGAACAGCGAAAGAUAUCAGCAAUUAAUCGGAGCAUUGCUUUAUUUAGCAGUGAAUACAAGACCAGACAUUGCUGCUAGCGUAACAAUUUUGAGCCAGUACAAUAAGGCGCCUACGAUGACCGAUUGGACCGAAGCGAAAAGAAUCGCUCGUUAUUUAAAGGGCACAGCAGACUACGAGCUUCGUCUAGGGGAGAAAAACGAAGCCCUCGGACUAAUUGGCUAUGCAGACGCAGACUACGGCGAAGAUCGUAAAACCAGAAAGUCCCACACCGGCUACCUGUUUCAGUUAUUUGGUUCGCCGAUCAGCUGGGCAUGUAAACAAGACUGCGUUGCCGAUUCAUCAACGCAUGCAGAAUACAUCGCUCUUGCGGAAGCAACUCGCGAAGGUUUGUGGAUACGCUAUCUACUUGAAGAUUACGAACGAAAAACACAAGAGACCACGGUAAUUUAUGAAGAUAACCAGAGCUGUUUAAAGCUUGCCGAAAAUGGAAAAUUCAGCAGCCGCAGCAAACACAUCGACAUAAAAUACCAUUUCAUCAGAGACAUAAAGAAGAAGAGCCUCAUGAACUACGAGUACUGCCAAACAGAUGAAAUGAUUGCUGACAUGCUAACAAAGCCAUUAGGAAAAAACAAGCUACGAUACUUUGCAGAAAAAGGCGGAUUAGUAUGUCAAUAA